AUGUUCCCUAUGGCCCUUGCAUUCUUGAUCGCUCCUAUGGUAGCCAGAGCAGCUUCCUUCUCCGGCUGUAUGUCAAGUAGCAUUCCUCACAAAUCUCACUCAGGUCUUCAGAUUGUUAAUGUGGAAGGAACGGAAUGUAUCGAUCAAUGUACCGCAUCCGGAUUCGAAUACUCUUAUUCAUAUUACGAGGAGAUCGAUUCUGUUCACUACUGUCAUUGUGAUUCGGCGUCUUCAUUGCACGAACACAAGGACUCUCUGCGACCGGCAUACCAAGGUGAAAGGUGCUACGAAGGCGAUGCUACGGUAUAUCAUCUUUCCACCGAACUCACUUUCACCCACUGUGCUCAUUCCCUCACUUCGUCUGCCGAACAUCCCAUCCUCGGUCUGAUCGUCAAUACCCCCGCACAAUGCUUCGAACACUGUUCUUCCUCUGGGGCAUACCUCCUCCCUCCUCCAACAGGUCUCAAAGAUGGUCAAUAUGAAUGUUUUUGCCAACAAACCGAUAUCAAAGAAGAAGGCGUUAGCUCUUUCUGCAAUUCAGCAGCUUACAGGCGAUUCGACGCCCCUGCCAAAUCAAGUAGAUUGGUCUUCCAAUCCGCCGGAAACGAUAUCCAGAAACAGAAGCCUUUAACCUCUUCUUAG